UUUUUUUUUUUUUUACUUUCCCCCAAUCCCAAUGUCUGUCAAGCUCGAACAAGUCGCCGCGACGCUCGGCCGUCUUCGUGACGUUUUCCACUCUGGGCACACGCUGUCCUACGAGUACCGCCUCACGCAACUCAAGGCCAUCGAGCGCAUGUUUGUCGAAAACCAAGAGGCCAUCGUCGGCGCCGUGCAGAAGGACUUGGGCAAGAAGCACCCGUUCGAGGCGCACUGCACAGAGUACGCACUCGUUCUAGCCGACGUCCGCCACACAAUGAACAAGCUCAAGAAGUGGAUGAAGCCGCAGUCCGUGUACUCGCCCGUCGCCAUUCAGCCGGUGAGCUCGUACGUGUCCAAGGAGCCGCUCGGCGUCUGCCUCAUCAUGAGUCCCUGGAACUACCCCGUCAACCUCGCCAUCGUCCCGCUGAUUGGCGCCAUUGCCGCCGGUAACACGGCGCUGCUCAAGCUCUCCCGCCACUCUGCCAACGUCGCCACGACGCUGGGCGAGCUGUGCAUCAAGUACCUCGACUCGCAGGCCGUCGCGAUCGAGUACGAGGGCGGCGCCAGCAUGAUCACCGAGCUUAUCAAGCACAAGUGGGACCACGUCUUCUUCACUGGCUCCGUAUCGGUUGGCCGCAUCGUCUACGAAGCGGCUGCCAAGCACCUGACGCCCGUGGUGCUCGAGCUGGGCGGCAAGAACCCCGUCUUUAUCGAUCGCAAAGUGCACAUCCCCACCGUUGCGCGUCGUCUUGCCUGGGGCAAGUUCUUCAACGCCGGUCAGACGUGCGUCGGUGUCGACCACGUGUACGUGCACAAGGACAUUGAGCAGGAGCUCAUCGCCGAGCUCAAGAAGGCCGUGACCCAAUUCUACGGCGAAAACCCGCAGACGAGCUCGUCGUUCGCGCGCAUCAUUAGCAACCACCACGUCAAGCGCCUCGCAAAGACCUUUGCUGAUGGCGAGGUUGUCAUUGGCGGCCAGGUCGACGAGAAGGAUGCCUACAUUGCGCCGACUGUCAUCCGCAACGUGCGCGCCGACUCUGAGCUGCUUUCGGACGAGAUCUUUGGCCCCAUCAUGCCCAUUAUUGCGGUCGACGACCUGAUUGCCACGGCCAGCGAGCAGCGCCACAAGCCCAGCCCCCUGGCGACCUAUGUCUUCUCGGACGACGACGAGGUUGUUGCCUCCAUCCAGGCCAAGACUCGCUCGGGCGCCUUCCUCGUCAACGAGUGCCUGAUCCACUUUACCAACUCCAACCUGCCCUUCGGCGGCGUCGGCGAGUCUGGCAUCGGCAAGUACCACGGUGCCAUCACCUUUGACAUUUUCUCGAACGCUCGCGCUGUCGUCGCCCGCUCGACCAACAAGAUUCUCGACGUGCCGCUCCGCUACCCUCCGUACGAGUCUGAAAAGUUCAUGGACAAGAUCAAGUUCCCCAUUGCCUCUGCCUUCAUGUCGGGUGACUGGUAAAAAACAAAUCAAAAACAGGCACAUCACAUUGGUGAUGAUUGCGUUUCUUUUGUAUUCCUCCCCCCCCCGUCUCUCGAUUUGUGAUUUGAAAAUUCUCCUUGUUUUUUUGUUAUUGCAUCCAUCGAUCGUGUGCUGAUGAGCUCAUCUCCGGCUCUUGUAGCAGCGAUCUCGAUUGUGUUUAUGAAUUGAUUGCUUCAAUAUGACGACUGUAUACUUUUGAAUACGUGGUUUGACCCAA